CGCGAUCUUGCUGCCGUGGACGGCAACGCAUGUAUAACAACACCGUUGUCCAGUCGCCAAAAUGGAUGACGAGCCGGCCUCGUUAGGCCGCAAGCCAUUUUCGGUUCGACACAACCGGUUUCGCAAUACUUUAAGGUCCUCCGACUGGGAUGAGUUCAUUGGGUUGGUAGAUGAUAAACAAAAAAUACAGUUUGUUUACGGGCGGCUGCUCGCAGAGGAUGAUACUGCGACAAAUGGCGAUGACGAUGACGAAAGGAACAGCUGUAAAAACGGUGACAAGGCCUUGGAAAUGAAAAAGCUCGGGACCGAAUGCUUUCAAAAUACAGACUAUCGGAAAGCGUUAAACUGGUAUUCGUUGGCCGUACUUCAUUGUCCUCAGACCAAAGAUUGGCUGAUCCAGCUGUCGAUUCUCUACGCCAAUCGAUCGGCGUGUUUAUAUCAUCUGCAGGAGUACGAUCUAGCCAUUUCGGACAUACGGCAAGCGUUCGACAACGGAUAUCCUGCAUACCUACAAUAUAAAAUUCACGAUAGGAAAGCACGGUGUUUGCUGGCUACAAAACAGCUAAAAUCUGCUCUAGAAUCGUUUAGGGCCACCAUGCAGGCUCUGGACAAUUCAAAUUUAUCGCUAGACCAGAGGCGCAAACGACAGUUAGACGUGCAGGUUAUGUUGACGAUGAUGGCGAAGGACAAGAACUUGAAAAACGAGUCCACGCAGGCCGAGAGACGAAAGGUGCCGAGACUUUACGGCAAACAGAAUGAUGCGUAUCCGGCGAUUAGCGACGCUGUAUCCAUCGAAUACAACGAGCAGGAAGGAAGACACGCGGUGGCUAACCAGAACGUUCCCGUGGGAAAGGUUCUGCUAGCCGAACGGGCAUAUGCGUCAGUGCUGCUCCGCGAAUUUUGCCAUUCGAAUUGCACCCACUGUUUUAUCAAAAUCGUUGCGCCUUUGCCGUGUCCGAACUGCAACAGAGUAGCGUUUUGCGGUGAUCUUUGCAUGAAAAUCGCCUUAAAGUCUUAUCAUGCAAUCGAGUGUCAACUGUUACCGACACUUUACGAGGCUACCCUUUCUAUCACAUGUUUGAUAGCAUUCCGAAUAAUCACUCAACGACCGUUAAAAUACUUUAUGGAUUUGCAGCCCAAGUUGAACCUCACUCAAAGGCCGGUUAAAAAACACGAACCGAACAGCUACGUUAAUUUAUAUAACUUGGUAACCCAUCGAAAAAUGAGGUCCGCACAGGAUAUAUUACACAGAGCACACGUGGCUGUUUUUUAUUUGCAUUGCUUAAAAAAAAUGAAUUACUUCACAAACUGUAACGAUAAAACCCGUUUCCUUACCGACGAUGAGCUAUUCAUCGGAAGUCUGUUGUUACAUAAUUUGUUGAUCCUCCAAUUCAACACGUUCGAAGUUUCCGAACUUCAACAACAGAACAACGAGCAACAGACCGUUUUCAUCGGCGGCUCCAUCUAUCCAACACUAGCAUUGCUGAAUCACUCUUGUGAUCCUUGUGUAGUUAGAUAUCAUCAAGGAACAACGGUCAUAGUACACAACAUUCGUGAUUUACGUGCUGGAGAAGCGAUUACAGAAAACUAUGGUCCGAUGUUUAUGUUCCAUCCAAGAGAAGACCGACAACAGAAACUCAAAAUCAGAUAUUGGUUUGAAUGCAACUGUAUUGCUUGUUGUCAAAAUUGGCCGACUUGGGAAGAAAUGAAGAUGGAUACAUCACUCAGAAUCAGAUGUACAAAUUGUCUAAAUGCAAUUAAGGUGAAAAUUGAUUCUAUGCAAUUUGUAGCAUAUUGUAAGAUUUGCUCAAAAAAUACUAACUUGUUAGCGGCUUUGAAAGUUUUACAGGAUACAGAAAAUAAAUAUGCUGUUGCAAAACAAUUAAUGGACAAACAUGAUUAUGAAAAUGCAUUACCCAAAUUCAUGGUACUAUUAUCAUUAUUACAUAGGCACAUGGUACCUCCUUUCAGAGAUUAUCACCUAUGUCAGCAAGCAAUAAGAAAGUGUAUGCUGUCAUUUGGGAACAAAAAAUAAAAAAAACCAUUGUUAGAAAUUAACUAAUAAAUUAUAGUAAUUUAUUCCUGAGUAGAACACAUA